AUGUGGAGCUGGAAGGCAACUCGGCCUCACUCAGCUUCCGAAGAGAGCAGCCGCUGUAGGUGGCGAAGCAGCACCGGCUGCCACACGAGGCAGCGCCCCGGUGUGGAGCUAGAAGGCAACUCGGCCACACUCUGCCUCCGAAGAGAGCAGCCUCUGGAGGUGGCGAAGCAGCGCCGGCUGCCACACGAGGCAGCGCCCCGGUGUGGAGCUGGAAGGCAACUCGGCCUCGCUCAGCUUCCGAAGAGAGCAGCCGCUGGAGGUGGCGAAGCAGCACCGGCUGCUACACGACGCAGCGCCCCGGUGUGGAGCUGGAAGGUAACUCGGCCUCACUCAGCUUCCGAAGAGAGCAGCCGCUGGAGGUGGCGAAGCAGCACCGGCUGCCACACGAGGCAGCGCCCCAAUGUGGAGCUGGAAGGCAACUCGGCCUCACUCAGCUUCCGAAGAGAGCAGCCGCUGGAGGUGGCGAAGCAGCACUGGCUGCCACAUGAGGCAGCGUCCCGGUGUGGAGCUGGAAGGCAACUCGGCCUCACUCAGCUUCCGAAGAGAGCAGCCGCUGGAGGUGGCGAAGCAGCGCCGGCUGCCACACGAGGCAGCGCCCCGGUGUGGAGCUGGAAGGCAACUCGGCCUCACUCAGCUUCCGAAGAGAGCAGCUGCUGGAGGUGGCGAAGCAGAACCGGCUGCCACACGAGGCAGCGAACCGGUGUGGAGCUGGAAGGCAACUCGGCCUCACUCAGCUUCCGAAGAGAGCAGCUGCUGGAGGUGGCGAAGCAGCGCCGGCUGCCACACGAGGCAGCGCCCCGGUGUGGAGCUGGAAGGCAACUCGGCGUCACUCAGCUUCCAAAGAGAGCAGCCGCUCUUCCGAAGAGAGCAGCUGCUGGAGGUGGCGAAGCAGCGCCGGCUGCCACACGAGGCAGCGCCCCGGUGUGGAGCUGGAAGGCAACUCGGCCUCGCUCAGCUUCCGAAGAGAGCAGCCGCUGGAGGUGGCGAAGCAGCACCGGCUGCUACACGACGCAGCGCCCCGGUGUGGAGCUGGAAGGUAACUCGGCCUCACUCAGCUUCCGAAGAGAGCAGCCGCUGGAGGUGGCGAAGCAGCACCGGCUGCCACACGAGGCAGCGCCCCAAUGUGGAGCUUUAAGGCAACUCGGCCUCACUCAGCUUCCGAAGAGAGCAGCCGCUGGAGGUGGCGAAGCAGCACCGGCUGCCACACGAGGCAGCGCCCCGGUGUGGAGCUGGAAGGCAACUCGGCCUCACUCAGCUUCCGAAGAGAGCAGCCGCUGGAGGUGCCGAAGCAGCGCCGGCUGCCACACGAGGCAGCGCCCCGGUGUGGAGCUGGAAGGCAACUCGGCCUCACUCAGCUUCCGAAGAGAGCAGCCGCUGGAGGUGGCGAAGCAGCGCCGGCUGCCACACGAGGCAGCGCCCCGGUGUGGAGCUGGAAGGCAACUCGGCCUCACUCAGCUUCCGAAGAGAGCAGCCGCUGGAGGUGGCGAAGCAGCGCGGGCUGCCACACGAGGCAGCGCCGUGGUGUGGAACUGGAAGGCAACUUGGCCUCACUCAGCUCCUGGAGACAGUAGCCGCUGGAGGUGGAGAAGCAGCACCGGCUGCCACACGAGGCAGCGCCCCGGUGUGGAGCUGGAAGGCAACUCGGCCUCACUCAGUUCCGAAGAGAGCAGCCGCUGGAGGUGGCGAAGCAGCGCCGGCUGCCACGCGAGGCAGCGCCCCGGUGUAGAGCUGAAAGGCAACUCGGCCUCACUCAGCUUCUGGAGAGAGCAGCCGCUGGAGGUGGAGAAGCAGCACCGGCUGCCACACAAGGCAGCGCCCCGGUGUGGAGCUGGAAGGCAACUCGGCCUCACUCAGUUCCGAAGAGAGCAGCCGCUGGAGGUGGCGAAGCAGCGCCAGCUGAUACCUUCCGAAGAGAACAGCCGCUGGAGGUGGCGAGGCAGCACCGGCUGCCACACGAGGCAGUGCCCCGGUGUGGAGCUGGAAGGCAACUCGGCCUCACUCAGCGUCCGAAGAGAGCAGCCGCUGAAGGUGACGAAGAAGUGCCGGCUGCCACGCGAGGCAGCGCCGUGGUGUGGAACUGGAAGGCAACUCGGCCUCACUCAGCUUCCAAAGAAAACAGCCGCUGGAGGUUGCGAAGCAGCACCGGUUGCCACACGAGGCAGCGCCCCGGUCUGGAGCUGGAAGGCAACUCGGCCUCACUCAGCUUCCGAAGAGAGCAGCCGCUGGAGGUGGCGAAGCAGCACCGGCUGCCACGCGAGGCAGCGCCCCGGUGAGGAGCUGAAAGGCAAGUCGGCCUCACUCAGCAUCUGGAGAGAGCAGCCGCUGGAGGUGGAGGAGCAGCACCGGCUGCCACACGAGGCAGCGCCCCGGUGUGGAGCUGCAAGGCAACUCGGCCUCACUCAGUUCCGAAGAGGGCAGCCGCUGGAGGUGGCGAAGCAGCGCCGGCUGCCACGCGAGGCAGUGCCCCGGUGUGGAGCUGGAAGGCAACUCGGCCUCACUCAGCUUCCGAAGAGAGCAGAAACUGGAGGUGGCAGAGCAGCACCGGCUGCCAUGCGAGGCAGCGCCUUGGUGUGGAGCUGGAAGGCAACUCGGCCUCACUCAGCUGCCGAAGAGAGCCGCCGCUGGAGGUGGCGAAGCAGCACUGGCUGCCACAUGAGGCAGCGCACUGGUGUGGGGCUGGAAGGCAACUCGGCCUCACUCAGCUUCCGAAGAGAGCAGCCGCUGGAUCUGGCGAAGCAGAACCGGCUGCCACACGAGAAAGCGCCCCGGUGUGGAACUGGAAGCUUCCGAAGAGAGCAGCCGCUGGAGUUGGCGAAGCAGCUCUGGCUGCCACACGAGGCAGCGCCCGGUGUGGAGCUGGAAGGCAACUCGGCCUCACUCAGCUUUCGAAGAGAGCAGCCGCUGGAGGUGGAGGAGCAGCACCGGCUGCCACACGAGGCAGCGCCCCGGUGUGGAGCUGCAAGGCAACUCGGCCACACUCAGUUCCGAAGAGGGCAGCCGCUGGAGGUGGCGAAGCAGCGCCGGCUGCCACGCGAGGCAGCGCCCCGGUGUGGAGCUGGAAGGCAACUCGGCCUCACUCAGCUUCCGAAGAGAGCAGCUGCUGGAGGUGGCGAAGCAGCGCCGGCUGCCACACGAGGCAGCGCCCCGGUGUGGAGCUGGAAGGCAACUCGGCCUCACUCAGCUUCCGAAGAGAGCAGCCGCUGUAGGUGGCGAAGCAGCACCGGCUGCCACACGAGGCAGCGCCCCGGUGUGGAGCUAGAAGGCAACUCGGCCACACUCAGCCUCCGAAGAGAGCAGCCUCUGGAGGUGGCGAACCAGCGCCGGCUGCCACACGAGGCAGCGCCCCGGUGUGGAGCUGGAAGGCAACUCGGCCUCGCUCAGCUUCCGAAGAGAGCAGCCGCUGGAGGUGGCGAAGCAGCACCGGCUGCUACACGACGCAGCGCCCCGGUGUGGAGCUGGAAGGUAACUCGGCCUCACUCAGCUUCCGAAGAGAGCAGUCGCUGGAGGUGGCGAAGCAGCACCGGCUGCCACACGAGGCAGCGCACCAAUGUGGAGCUGGAAGGCAACUCGGCCUCACUCAGCUUCCGAAGAGAGAAGCCGCUGGAGGUGGCGAAGCAGCACUGGCUGCCACAUGAGGCAGCGUCCCGGUGUGGAGCUGGAAGGCAACUCGGCCUCACUCAGCUUCCGAAGAGAGCAGCCGCUGGAGGUGGCGAAGCAGCGCCGCCUGCCACACGAGGCAGCGUCCCGGUGUGGAGCUGGAAGGCAACUCGGCCUCACUCAGCUUCCGAAGAGAGCAGCUGCUGGAGGUGGCGAAGCAGCACCGGCUGCCACACGAGGCAGCGCACCGGUGUGGAGGUGGAAGGCAACUCGGCCUCACUCAGCUUCCGAAGAGAGCAGCUGCUGGAGGUGGCGAAGCAGCGCCGGCUGCCACACGAGGCAGCGCCCCGGUGUGGAGCUGGAAGGCAACUCGGCCUCACUCAGAUUCCAAAGAGAGCAGCCGCUGUAGGUGGCGAAGCAGCACCGGCUGCCACACGAGGCAGCGCCCCAGUGUGGAGCUAG